AUGAUGAUGCCCUGGGCGCUGCUGCUCCUUCUCCUGGUCAGCUUCGGCUCACCUGCACCCAGGCUUUCGGAAAAAGAUAUCUGCCUCCUAGACAACAAUAAAUUAAGACAAAGGUUAAAACACCUUCAAGACUUGCUUUACUUAUAUGAACUGCAACUGAAGGACAUCCUGGAGAACACUUACCAUAGAACAAAAAGUGGGCUGUUCUCAGGCAACAGGAGCGUGCAGCAUGAGGUGCUUUUACCCACAACCAGUGGAAAUUUGAUAGUCUAUGACCAAGAUUGCUCUGCGUUGUAUAAUCGGAAGAAGACCAAAAAUGGCUACUACCGGAUCAGGCCCAGAGCAGACCGAGAGCCUUUCCUGGCAUACUGUGACAUGUCUGACGGCGGGGGCUGGACCGUCAUUCAGCGGCGGAGUAACGGCAAGGAGAAUUUCAACAGGAAAUGGGAUGAUUACAAACUGGGAUUUGGGAAAUUCCAGGGCAAGAAUGAUGAAUACUGGCUGGGCAAUGACCACAUCUAUGACCUGCUCGCUAGAGGAGAGAACUCAUUAAAGAUUGACCUGAUGGACUGGCAUGGGGAAAGACGUUAUGCAGUCUAUGAAAAUUUCCAGCUUGCGAAUGAGCAGGACAAUUACAGGUUAUGGUUUGGCACCUAUUCUGGUAAUGCUGGCGACGCUCUGUCUGGUGGGAGCAAUUUUGAAGAUCAGUGGUCAGCCUCUCACAGAGGGAUGCCGUUCACCACAUCUGACAAGGAUCACGAUCGAUUCCUGGCAGGCAACUGUGCAUUAGAGAACAAGGGCGGCUGGUGGUUUAACAGGUGCCAUGCUGUAAACCUCAAUGGACGAUACUACAGAACAGGAAGGUACAAUGGAUCCCAUGACAAUGGCAUCGUUUGGUCUACGUGGCAUGGGAUGUGGUACUCGCUAAAAUACUCGGCCAUGAAAAUCAGGACUCCAUUCUUUGUUGACAGCGAGAGUGGAGAUGGUGAGAACAGUCAGGGCAGCUGA